AGACCUUGAGGUGCUCAGAGUCAGACAAGAGUAAAGAGGCGUGUGAUGGUUCUGCCUUAGUACUUGUACAGACAGGAGUGUUUCCAGUACUUCUUUGUACAACUCACUGAGGGAAUGGGAAACUGUUUUAUAGCUCUGGAAACAUAAGCACAGUAAGAAUGUCUGAGGCUAUCCGAUGCACUCUGGUGAGCUGUAGUUGUCAGUGUUUCAAACCCGGGAAAAUAAAUCAACGACAAUGUGACCAGUGCCGGCAUGGAUGGGUAGCACAUGCCCUGAGCAAACUAAGGAUUCCCAACCUCUAUCCAUCAAGCCAGGUGGAAAUAGUUCAAUCCAAUGUUGUCUUUGAUAUCAGUAGCCUCAUGCUGUAUGGAACCCAAGCUAUUCCUGUGCGCCUUAAAAUUCUGCUAGAUCGGCUUUUCAGUGUUCUGAAGCAGGAAGAGGUGAUACAGAUUCUCCAUGCUCUGGAUUGGACACUACAGGAUUAUAUACGUGGAUAUGUGCUGCAGGAUGCUUCAGGAAAGGUGCUGGAUCAUUGGAGCAUAAUGACCAAUGAUGAAGAAUUGGCUACUUUGCAGCAGUUUCUUCGUUUUGGAGAAACUAAGUCCAUUGUGGAGUUAAUGGCAAUUCAGGAGAAAGAAGGGCAAUCAAUUAUAAUACCACCACCUACUGCUAAUUUGGAUAUUAGGGCAUUCAUAGAGAGCUGCAAUCAACAUAGCCCUAAUUUUUCAGCUUCCUUGGACAAAAUGAGCCCCACCAAUAUUCAUCCCUUUGAGAAUAUUGUGAAUAACAUGGCUUUCAUGCUGCCGUUCCAGUUUUUCAGUCCGGUGCCUCCUCCUUUAAUAGGUUCACCACCAGAAAGACACUUGAUUGAGCAGGGUCAAGACCAUAGCAGUGAAACUAAACAAGACAUCCACCUACCUUUUACUGAAAGCAGCUUCCUAACUUCUAGUUCUGCACCAUUUCAAGCUGAAAAUGAGAGGAUCAUAAAUGGUCCAGAUGUCACCACUAAAACAGAAGAUGAUGCCCUUUUAAGCGAUUCAAGUUCGCAUAAUACAGCAGCAAAGCUUGAAAUGACAGCACUCUCUCCAGAAACCAAAAUGAAGUCUGUUGAAAAAAAUGGCACUGGGCCAAGGAAAGGGCGUGUUUUCUGCACUGCAUGCGAAAAGACAUUUUAUGACAAAGGUACUUUGAAAAUACAUUAUAAUGCUGUUCAUCUGAAGAUAAAGCACAAAUGUACAAUUGAGGGCUGCAACAUGGUAUUUAGCUCUUUGCGUAGUCGAAAUCGUCAUAGUGCGAAUCCUAACCCCAGACUCCAUAUGCCAAUGAACAGAAAUAAUAGGGACAAAGAUCUAAGAAAUGGUUUGACAAUUGCUGGACCUGGAGAUAGUAAAAGGACAGAAUUUACAAUUUUAGCUCCGGAUAGCAGAACAAUUACCAGCUAUGCCAGCUCUUGUACAGAUGUAAAGGGCCAGGCUGGAUUUCCCAGUAUUGGACAGAAUGGUGUCCUCUUUCCAAAUCUGAAAACAGUACAGCCUGUUCUUCCUUUCUAUCGUAGUCCAGUUACACCAGCUGAGCUUGCUAAUACUCCAGGUACUCUUCCUUCUCUGCCUCUUGUUUCUUCCUCAAUACCAGAGCAGCUUAUUUCAAACGAAUUGCCAUUUGAUGUGCUACCCAAGAAGAAAUCUCGUAAAUCAAGUAUGCCUAUUAAGAUAGAGAAAGAAGUUGUUGAAACACCUCAUGAAAGUAGUGAUGUUGCCAGUUCUGAAGAUGAUACACGUCUGCAAGUGGUAAGCGAUGGAGAGCUUGAGUCCUGUGAGCAUAAGAUAGAGAAGCAGGUGUCCAGCGGGGUGGAAAAUCACCCCCAUUCAGGUAAUUCAUGGAAAUCUGUCUCUGGGGUAGAGGGCCCAAAGUAUUUUGAAUCUGUCUUUGCACCAGAUAACCAAUACAUCAAGGAUAUCUCUGAGAAUGAAUUACAUCACUGUGAGAAAGAGGUUAAACCAGAAGAAAAUCAACCAUUAAAAAUAGUUUCCCAUGAGAUUGUAUAUGAAGAUCCAAUACACCACCACAAUGAUGUUAUAAAACCAAUGACUGAAUCCCCCAUAUAUGUUAAAGAGCAGUCAAAACGCAGGAUUUCUAAAGAUGACUGCCCUGAAUUGCAACACCACUUGCUGACCGGGGGCUUUUUCAGCACUUUGUCAAACAGGGGUGCUGCCAUUGCUUGUUUUGAAGACUCUAAAGAUAUGGAUCAUGUCAGCCAGCAUGCACUAGGGAUUCAGAAGGAAGAAAGCCGCUUUCAUUGUGACAUCUGUAAGAAGACUUUUAAAAACCCUUACAGUGUAAAAAUGCAUUUUAAAAAUGUACAUCUCAAAGAAAUGCAUAUUUGCACAGUUGAGGGCUGUAAUGCUGCUUUCCCUUCUCGUAGAAGUCGAGACAGACAUAGUUCAAACCUAAAUCUUCAUCAUAAGCUUCUGACUAAAGAUACACUGGAAUUCAACAACCAUUUCAAUGCAACAUACCUCUUGAAAGACAUGGCUAAGGAGUUUUGUCAAGAUGUCUCUUUAAAACAACAUGGUGGACAUACUUCUGUAAUCUUCAAAGGAAUGAACAGAACAGGCAGCUUGGUUUUUCCAAUGAGCAAAAUUAGAGAACCUUGUUCUGAGAGUUACGGAUACGAUCCAUUGAAUGAUGGAGCUGUUCUGGAUCUAAGCACUACUUCCAGCAUUAAAUCUGAGAGCAGUGCUCAUUCUUCUUGGGAUUCUGAUGGAGGAAGUGAAGUGUGCACCAUGCCCUUGGAUGAUAGUGAUGAAAGCUGUGAAGGACCCAGCCUAAUGCCCAGUGAUGAACUCUACCAAGACUGUAAUUUAAUUGAGAAAGCUAAUCAGAACUUUAUAAAUCUACCUUCCAGUUUGCCAAUAACUUGUCACAUAUGUCAAAAAACUUACAGUAAUAAGGGAACUUUCAGGGCUCACUACAAAACUGUGCAUCUCCGCCAGCUCCACAAGUGCAAAAUCCCAGGUUGCAACACUAUGUUUUCAUCUGUUCGCAGUCGGAACAGGCACAGUCAAAACCCUAAUCUGCACAGAAGUCUGGCUGGGUCACCAACUAGCCUACAGUAAGACCAUGCUUAUCCAAAUUUAUUUCUUCUAGGAAUUAAUCAUUUCAAUUAAGGAAUGUGUUAGUUUCAUUUAAACACAUUUGACUUCUGGUACAUUCAACAACCACGGUCAAAUUCUUUUUUCUGGUGUGUGCUCUCCAGCAGUUUCAUUUAGCAAAGCUUGGUGCUGUAGUUUUUGUGCAAUUGUUUAGUUUGACAUGAAAUAGCUAGAGCUUCUGUAAGGAAGAGAAAGCAGUCUUGAAAUGGGAGACAUGGAGUCAUUGACUAAAAUAUUUCGAUACCUGUGAAGUAUUAUUUACCAACAGUAGGAGCUUCAAAUGAGAGCCGCCAUCCUUUAUGUUUACAUGUAAAAUGGGUUGUUGUGCUGUGUAAGAAAUUGUAACAAUUGUGUUGUUUCCUCUGGUUGGCUUGAGAGUUCUGGGGCUACCAUUUCAUUCCUAACACCUUAAUCUGAAGCUGACUUGCAGUAUUAAUUGAACAUGGCAUUUGCAGUUUACUGUACUUUGAAAUUUAAAGAAGUCCAAAUUUUCUGAAGUCCUGCAGUCCUUAGUCUUCAAGUGGGAAUUUCACUUGAAUACAGAUAGCAAUAUUUCAGCUUUUUUUAGAAUUUGAAACUGUUUACUUUGCAAAAGGAGACGGCCACUUAACUUGGCAGGGUUGCCUAAUUAACUAGGAGUCUCUUACAGAUUGUAGAGACAGAAAGAAUGCAAGCAAGAAAAGGGUUAGCUAAAAUUUCUAAACUACAGCAAAUGCAUCCAUGAAAUAAUAAUAAUAAAAAAAAUUAAAAUGCACUUUGAGUUUCUCUUUCAGGAAGAGAAAACAUUUUGUUAACAAUAGGGGGUGGGGAAGGGGAAAACAAUGUGAAAAUCCAAACUGCUUUAAGAAUUUGAAGGUGCAAUUCCAAGCAUUUGAGAGGGAGAGAGAAAAUGGAUGCAGUAGAUAUCCUUCAUGAUAAAUCAGUUAUUGUUCAUUUACCAGUGACGUAAAACACGUGUUCAUCUAUGUAAUGGUAGAAUGCUUACUCUAAUUCAUAUCUCUUUUAAUGAGGACAUUGUUCAGUAUCUGUUAUAAUGUUUAAAACCUUUGUACUUGUCCCUGUAAUUAACAGUAUUCUUCAUUAUGUUCUAUGCACUUAAGAUUGGUCUUGCAUUGUAUUUAAAAAUUCACUUUAAUAUUUAAUUUGUAGUCACAUCAUACAAAAGCUGUGUAUGUUCUUGUGGUGCAUCUUCUUUGACUGAAUGAUUUCCAUACAGAAAAAGAAAUACUAAAGCAAAUCUUACAGUAACUUUUUUAACUUGCCAACUGAAAUAAUCUGAUCAGUUGUAGUAUCCAGGCAUGAUAUUGGCAGCACAACCUGUACAUAUUAUACCAAAGUGCUUACAGUAUUUGUGGUUUCUAGUCUAGCUUUCCAGUAUAACUGGAUCUUAGUCUUUAUUCAUUUUUGUGACUAACUAAAAAUAGACUGAAUUUCUGGAUUUGGUAUGUAUGUAGAAAGACUAGUACAAUGCUAUUGCCAUAUGUCUCAAUGUUUAACUUAUUCUAAAAUAUACUACGGGAGUGUAACCAUUUCAUAUUGUAUAAAGGAAACAAAAGUGAACUGAAUAUUUCAUUAAUUCUUUUGAAAACUGGUUUGUGUGUGAGUAUGGGUUAUGCAAGGAAAAAACAUGACAGUUGUAAAUGUUUGUGCUCAGUAGAAAUGGUUGCCAUGCAUUGUGUAAAGUGAUCUUCUAUUUUUUUUUUUUUUAAUUUACAGUAGGUUUAUGUGAUAUUUAAAGUAACCCAUUUGUGCUUGAAGCCAUCAGGAGGAACUAUUAGCCUGGGGAGAGCUAUCCCAUUCUUUUGGUUGGUGUGUGUGUGUGUGUGUGUGUGUGUGUUUUGGCAAGGGGGGGGCGAAGUUUUGGGAUUUUUCUUUGUUUCCUUUAAAUGAGACGUCAUAUUCAUGGAGAUUGUGAAUGAAAACUAAGGGCACGACUGUCGGAGACACAACUGCUUCCAGCCUUUUGAUAGUGUAAAUCACUUAUUUGUUAUACAGCUAUUUCAAGCUCUUUUUAUAUAUAUGUGUGUGUGUAUAUAUAUAUAUAUAUGCAUAUAAACCUAUUUGUUUAAUCAUGAAUGCUGUUGUUUGUUAUUUUUUUUUCUGAAACAGUGUGCUGUAAACUAAUGCUGUAAUGCCCAUUAAUAUAACUUCCACUGUGUCCGAAAAGGAAACACAUUUGUAUAUCCUAACAAUUUUGUAUGUGUUAAUAAAAGCAAAUAAUAAUGCCUCUGGUUGAUUCAGAAAAGUAGGCUUUCAUGAUUGAAUAAAUACCUAUUCUUCA